AAACAACGCCUCGGCAAUUGAGCAACUGUCAAGUUCAAUACCCCAAAACCAGUUCCAGAAUGUCCUUCCAACAAAUGCAACAAGAAUCCCCCAUCCUCAAAUACUCCGAAGACUUUGGGCUUCACCCAAACGUCUCCCUAGAAACAGCCGCUAACAUGCUUCUCCGCGCCAUCUCAACCUCUCAAAACUUGCCCUACAACUGGACUUUUAUCGAUAAACCUCAAGAGGGUCAGAUAUACUUGUUGUUCAUGCCAAACCCGUCUCAACCUCUGAACGACGGUAUUCGAUGGCAAGAUCAAGAAAAUCGGUAUAAUAUGCCUGUUCAGCGCGGUACACGGGAUCCAGAAUCUGGCCGCGAACAAACUGAAGUACCAGCCAGCUGUUAAUCAGGUCGAGCUUAGCUUCUUCUGGAACCCUCAACCCGAGCUGUUGAAGUGGUCGAAGGAGAACGGGCUUCUUCUUGAGGCGUACUCUCUCUCCUUGGUAGCAACAUUCAAGUCGGGAAGUCUCUCGCUGUCCCUGAG